AUGGUGCAAGAGACGCAUUGGGGCCUUGGGAAGGAAGAAAGCAGUUGGAAGCUGCCAGGGUGGCACGUCAUUUCUGCUCCGGAUGCCAACUCACGCUACUGUGGAGUUGCUGCCUUUCUGCGAAGGAGUCGAUUUCCAGAGACAGGAGUGAGUCACGUGGUGUGGAUACCGGGCCGGCUCCUACAUGUACAUUGUCACUCUGACCAGAUCAGCCUUGAUGUGGUGGUGGGCUAUCAGUGGGUGGCUCAGGAGAGGAUGGCAGACAAAACGCAGGCACUGCGCCAUCGCUUCUGGACGCAGCUCAGCCUGCUGCUGCAAAAGCUGCCCACCAGGAAUGUCUUGAUACUGGGAGCUGACAUCAACGUUCACUGCAGGCCGAUGGCACGCCACAUAGGACGCGGACUGCUGAAGGCUCGGAGAGCUCCAGAUCUGGAGUUCGAAGAACUGGUGAAGGAGCGACAACUGGUCGCUUUGAAUUCUUGGGGCCGUGCGAAGCCUAGCCACUGUCGGACGUUUGAGCAUGGGGACACGGUCUCGCAACUGGACUUCCUGUUCACAAGGAGUCGACAUGCAGACCAGAGUGCCAGAACAGCUACGCCGGUUGCUCUUGAUCUUGCACCUUGGAGGGCAGGGCCGAAGCAUUUUCCGGUUCAGGGAAGUGCCAAGCGAUUCGUGGUGGCACAGCGGAUGUUGCCGAUCUGUCGCGACCUCUUUCCGGUGCAGCGUUCUGUUGACAGGCCGGACACGGGACUGAUGCUCAGUUUAGAUCUUAGUCGUGCAUUUGACGAGAUCCCCAGAAGCUCGCUAGCGGCGGCGAUGACGCAUGCGGGUAUCUCUCCCUCGCUGCAGCAUGCCAUCCUGGCAAUUCACGAACAAUGCAAGUAUGAAGUACGACAUGAGCAACAUACUGGGACCUUUAGCAUGGACAAAGGAGUUCGGCAAGGGUGCUCCCUCGCACCUUUAUUGUUCGCGAUAUACAGCUGCUGGCUGUUUGAUGCCCUAGCCCAACGCACCACGCCGGCUUGGGCAGAGCGACUUGUCACGCUUUUCGCGGACGACAGUCACCUGUCGUUUGAAGUUGAAUCCAUGGCGGAGCUACAGCAAGCACAGCGUGCCAUCCGGGUGAUGUUUCAGCUACUGCAGGAAACCGGAAUGCAUGCUAAUCCGGGGAAAUCUAGCAUAGUUCUGGGUCUUAGAGGGAAUGCUGCGCGACGCUGGAUUCAACAACAUCAGAGCCGGGUGGAUGGUCAGCUCCUGCUCAGUCUGGGCACGCCCAAUGUGCCCCUGCAUGUGCCGAGAGUCGCCUCAAUGGUUUACCUAGGCAUCGUGGCUUCGUAUCAGAAGUUCGAACUGCAGACAUACGAACAUAGGCACAAGGCGGCAUUGCACAACCGGCAGCGUCUUCUGCGAGUGCUACAUAGACUAGCAAAGUCACCGGCCCAUAUCACACAUGAGCCCACGGAUCGUCUCCGGCAGCGGCUACAAGUAGUCUCGCCACAUGCUGCACUUCUGACCUUGCUUGAGGGUCGAGUGAAUCGGUGCAAGGAGCUCGACAGCCGGGACUGGUUUAGGCGGGUUCAGGAGCAGCUUAUGGCGGUAAGGGUUGACAAAGACUGCACGACGUAUGUUGCAGAACACGAACAUGGCUGGGGUGUUCCUUGCACUGAAUGCGGGCAGCUCUUUGUCAGUCAUCGCAUCAUGCGUUCCCACCGAGCUCGGAAGCACAAGAGGUCCUCCUCAGAGCCAGAGCGAACAGAUGCCACACGUCGCUCGAUAGGGGUUCUUACUGCUGCCGAGUAUGGUAAGAUUGCGAAAGGAGGUAUGCCCACGUGCAGAUGGUGUGGUGCUAGCUUUACUCGGGUUGAAGGGCUAAAGAAGCAUGUUAAUCGGGGUUGCAGUCGCGUGGUCUCCACUGCCGUGUCCGAAGCUCUGGUGGAACAAGUCCCCGUACCAGAGGUCCAGGUAGCCUCUGGACGGGAUGAGGUGCCGGAAACACAGGCGCCGGUGCCUCCGACUGCGCCAGUCGAAGAGUCCGCAGAUGUUCCCCUUUAUCAAGUGGACUCGUUUCGACAGCAGCGUCACUUGCAGAAUUGGUUCUUCGGAGCGAGCUUGAUCAGGAGCAAUCCGCGACCCCUGCUGAUGGAUCAGGACCCGACGGAGCGUGCAGUGGUGGCCCAAGGAGAGAUCGACAUGGUUCUUGGACGGAAGGGCGCAGCGCCAUUGGAUGCGAAGAUGGGCCAGGAGGGGGGCAAUCAGGACAAGGCGGAGGGCUCCGAGAGGGCGCCCAAGUGGACCCGUCAAGAAGGAGGCGGCAAGGGUCCCUCAAGUCAUGGUUGGUCCGGAUGGGGUCAACAGAAAUCCAAGAGGCAGUGGCAGAAGACUCAGGAAGGUCAGCAGGACCAGGCCGGGGCAGUGGAUCUCCCGCUGCAACAUUUGGUCACAACCCUGACCAAAGCAGUGCUUCGCCACGAGGCCGACUUGUCGCUUUAUCGAGCCGAUACGAGCUUUGUGAUAUUCGUCGACAACUCCGCCCACUCUUGUCUUCAGACUCUCAAGGAUGCGGCAGCCAAAUGGCAGGAACUGUUCAGCCAGGGAACGGUGAAGAAGUCUCUCAAACACUACCUCAUGCCGGGCAUCUUCUCGGGGUUGAAGCUGGAGCUCGAGGCCCUCCAGACCGACGAGGACAAGCAGAAGCGGUGCCAGGCGGCAGGCUGGCUCGGAGAGGGUCGCACGGCCCUGGAUCCGGUGUGGAACUAUCACGCCUGGGAUCCUCAGCAGAAAUGCGAAGUCAGGAGCGAGACGCACCCCCUGCCUCACACGGAGGUCUUGAAGGACCUGGAAUCCUUGGUUCCGAAGCUCUAUCAAGAGGGGGUGCUGCUGAGGUUCAAGUGCACAAAGCGGCUGGAGGAUCAGGAGAAAUCCGAAGUGGUCCCCUUCAUGGCGGCGAUAAGCCUACGCUCGGCGGAGGCCCAGGAAGUGCAUCGAAUCCUGAUGCGGCUGGUCGGAUGCGCCUGCUGCAAGCUUUUGGGCUUUCGCAUAAAGCCCGAGCGGGGCCAGCGCACACAGAUGAGCAAGCUCCUGGAACAAGCCUACAAGGAGGUGGAUUUUUGCGAGUGGACUCGCAAGGAUCGCGACUGGAGUCAGGGCUCGGCCUAG